AUGAAAGCUGCUGUACUAUCCUACCAGGACUUUGUUGACGACUCUAUCUCUGGAAGCUCCCCAGAGGGCGGCCUGGCGGCUCAGCUAAGACUAGUUCGCGAACUCGGCGGCGACGAGGAAUUAGCCAGGCGUAUUGUCACCACUCACGCAAAGCACCAGAUUCGACUCAAUGACAUCCAUUCUGCUCUUGAAAAUCUGUCAAUGGUCUACUAUUUUGGCGAGGAAGCCUUCACCGACAGGGACACUCGACUGCAUCGAGUAGCCGAGAAGAUCUUCAAGCACUGGAUUUUUCACGCUCGUUCCAACGUUUACAAGACUCUCACACGCGGCAAGCUCGAUGUACCCAGCAUCGUUGGCCACUGGAGAGCUCGCAACAAGCACUGGCAGGCGCAGCUACCACGGAAGGCUACCUACGCUCAGAUCCUUUUCACGGUCCAGCAACUCUUUGACCAUGCAGCCAGUAUCGCCAGUAGACUGUACGAUGAGGACGGAAAGUAUUGUGGACCAGGUUAUCACGGUAGAUGGGAGGAUUUGCCGAGGGAUCUUGUGGACGACCGUCGCCUCUAUACAUGGGAGGUUGACAACAGAUGGCUCCAAUGCGAUACUCCUCGAACCACCUUGUCUAUUGUCACCGAAGAGCCUUCUAUUGGCGAUGAUGAGCUGCCAGAUGACUCGCCUGAGGAGGCUACGGGUGAGUCGGAUACCGAAUCAUGA